AUGAACGGCUCAGGUGUUCCUGAAGGCUUCUUUGAUACUGAUGAAACUAUUUCAAACUCUCAAGGAGAAUCGAUAUAUCAAGAGAAGCCACCUAAGCCCAAAGAUCCACCCAAACCUAAUACAACAGAAGUGUUGCCUGAGGGAUUCUUUGAUGACCCUGUAGCUGAUGCAAAGGCACGCAAAGUGGAGUAUAAAGACAAAGAUGCUGAGGAGUGGCUGUCAUUCAUGCGUGAAGUUUCUGCUGCUGAACAACAGAGUCGAAUGAUCAUCGAAGAGGACAAAGAAGAAGCAGCCUUAGCAACUCAGAUUGAACAAGCCAAUGAACAGAUUGCAUGCUUAGAAAGGUUGGAAAAUUUUAUCUAGUAAAGAUAACAUAUUUAUUUUACAUGCCUGACAAAUUGUAAAGGUAGAUUGGUAAAACAUCUAUUUUACAAACUUUUGAAAUACAAGAAAAUCUGCUGGAUCAGUUGAUUCAGAAACAAAGGACUAAGUCCAUUGGUUACAGAUUUGUCCACUAUUAUUACAAUCACAGCAAAUUCAGCACAUUCACCAUUAUCAGCCACCUGUGAUCCCUUAUUAAUUAUUCAAAUCGAGGUGUUACUCGCAGUCUAAUUAUUACUUUACUGAAUAUUACCCAGAAGGAAUUGUACCCCUGAAAGUAAUUCUCUAUUCUCUAUAAGGAUUACAAAGCAGGGUUUACAGAUUUUGGUUAUUGUGUGGUUUACAUGUAAUAAAAUACUAAUUACAGAGGGGGCCACUAGAACACCUAGCAUGGCUGGGCA